GUCGGGUGGCAAGUGCGACAUGGCAGGUGGUGGGAUUCCAUGGGCAUCUUGUUCCGUAUCAUGGAGCCUGUGUACGACCUGCUGCGCAGUUUGGACCGCGGAGGGCUGCACAUGUCGCGGGUGGUUGAGUGGACACAAGAUCUGGCCCGCCAGGUAGUAGAGGAGGUUUGUGCAGUUCUGACAGAUCUCGCACACUACAUUGUGCAGAGGGUGCAGGCUCGAUGUGCUCACAUGCUGGAGUCGGCGCACGCCGCUGCUCACCUUCUCUGUCCUAGCCGGCGGGACUUGCGGUACUUCGAGGGCGUGGUCAGCGACUACGAUGCGAGCUUGGUGAGGGAGGCAGAGACUUACAUCUUGUCGCAAAUAGGGUUCAGUGUGGCGAGCGGCGACUACGAGACCACAUGUGCACAGUUGCGCGACUUCCACACACGGAGGGGGACGAUUGCUUGGAGGGGGGGAGAUGGAGAUAGAGAUGCACAAAGGUGCAGGGGCGAUGCGGAGACGUACGAGUCCGGGUGUUGGUGGUCGAGGUACGGGCAGUGCGCCCCGCAGUUGCAGGUUAUCGCUCUUCGUGUGAUGUACAUGUGGACGUGCUUCUCUCCUGCGGAGAGGAAUUGGGCCGUCCACGAGGGUGUACAAACGAAGAAGCGUAACGGGCUUGAGUUCGAGAAGGUCGCGAAGUUGGUUGAGAUCUCAGCCAACGUCCGCCUUCUCUCUCAUCAGCGGGCAGGCCGCGGGUUCGCGUUGCCGUGGACUCUAGAUGAGUCGUUGUUGGACGUGGCGGGAGGUAUCGGGAUUCGCCCCUCGUGGAAGGGGACGGAGGAGAGCAGGACGCGGGAGGAGGUUGAGGAUCAGAGACGUUCAUGGCAGCGAGACCCAUGUGGGUCCAGAGCUCCUGGUGAUGUGGGCGAUGUUUUUGGGACUCGAGCCACCACAUUGCACCCGUACCCUCGAGACGACAGUGAUUCCGAGGGUCACGAGGACGAGGACGAGCCAGUGGGCCCCGCUAGCGCCACUCCUGCGGCGGAUAAGCGUGAUGAGUGGAGCGACCUAGAGGACGUCUGUAGAUGGAGUGGCGGAGAUGACCUUUUCGUUCGAGUUGAUUUGGAGGAGUCAGACGGUCGUCAUGGGAGCCCUUUGGAGCGUCCGAGGCCUACGUCCAGUGCCCCGCUUCCCACUGAGCGGAAGACAGAUCCUGGGUCUGCACCUUCGAGGGGGGCAGAGUCGGGGAUUGGUCAUCGUCCUCUGGGUCGCUCUGGCACGGCAUCAUCCUCCGCUCUUCCCACUUCGACGGAGCAGCUUCAUCGACAACCAGCCGGUGCAGAUCGAUUGGAGAGAUUGGUGAGGGGCCCAAGACAGCGAUUGGAGGACAGAUUGGAGGGCGGUCCUAUGCCGGUGCAGGGUGACGACGGAGACAGACAGGGGUUGGUUGGUGGAGAUGGUGGUGCGCUGGCCGGAGGUGGAGGCGGUGUCGAGGUUGAUGCGGCGGUUGAGGGGAUACCGAUGGGCGGCGGUGGCGGUUUCAGUGAGUUUGGCGAUAUGGGUAUGCCCCUGGGAGAGAGCGUGGGUCUGGCCCGAGGAGAGAGCGAGUCCUGUGGGGACAUAAGUGUUGGUAUGCAGGACUUACUGGGACACAUCGGCUGUGCGGACCCCAGUAGUUUCUCCCCUGCCAUGCGCGCAGAGGUGAUGUUGGGGGCAGAGGGGGAUGAGGACCGGACACCCCCUGGAGAGACAUCUGCAGAGAGGCUGGAUAGGCUUGAUAGUCGUCGAGCGUGCCUCAUGGCACAGAGUGACCCGAGGACGCAGGAGCUCGCCCAUCUUGCGGCUGAGAACCGACAGAGGCAGUUGGGACAUAUACGCAGGCGUCUGUCGACGUGGGGCCAGCUGCCCACACGGAUACUCUGGCAGAGGUUCACGACACGAUGCAGCGGGAGGCGGCUUUGGCAGAGGUUUCGAGUACGGGAGUAGAUGUUCAGCAGGGGACGCACGAGAGCGGGUUGGCACCGACAGAGGAGCCACGUUCGGAGCCGGCGCAGCCUCCUGCC